AACGUUACAAUCUUCCUUCGACCUGGCAUUAUCAUUUUUUUACUGCUUAAAAAUUUUCAAUCUAAAGACUCUGCUUAUGGUGGAGACGGCACAACAAUCUCUGAAGACGAGCUUUCUGUUGCUGACAUGCCAGACAAUAGUUACACUCUUGCCAGCUGGAAUGAAGCAAGUACAUAUGCCACUGCCCGACCGAAAAUUCGUUCUUUUGGAAAAUGGAGGCUUCUUUUGUGAGAAUCUUGGAAACACCAAUAUUGGGAAAUGGCGUGCUGAUUUAUUGUCUAGUGUCGGAAAAUUUAAACUCAAUAGUGAACUGUUUUUCGUCAUUCUUCUUAGGGUUUAGAUAUCGUAUUUUACAAAUAGCAUAUCUUUUUAAUCCUCUAAUAAGUCACCGUUGUCAUGAAAAGAGGUGACGAGGCGAAAGUCGUCUCAAACACACUUGAGAGGUUUGUAACCAUUGUCGUCUCCCAAAAGUUGCCCACUGUAUCAAUUUCUUCGAUUAUCGAUUCAAGAAAGUGUCCCUUUUAUUCUUACUAAUUGAAAGGGUUGUUCAGGUUGUUGAAGGUUUCUAGUUUAUUAUAAUAGGUACCAGGCG